UUUAAAAAAACAGUAGUUUCCACUUCCACUUCCACAUCCACUUAGAACUCACCUAAACACAAUUCCAAAACUCUUCACCAUCAUCAUGAUCCUAUCACAUCUCCUCCACUUCCGCACUUCCUCUUAUCCCACUCUUCACUCUCCCACAUCCCCAUUCCUCAAUCCCCCCCAUCUCCUCAUCUCCCUAAACCCUUCCAAAACCCUCCACUUCCUUCCUCACUUCCCCAACUUCCUCUGUAAAUCCUCCAACCACUUCCCUUCUCCAUCUCCACUUCCCCAUGGAAACCUCCACUUCCAUUCCCCAAGGCCAAAGACCACCACCACCACCACCACCACCAAGAGCUUCUUCGCUGCCGUCUCCCUCAUCAUCGGCACCGCCGUCGGCCCGGGCAUGCUCGGCCUCCCCUCCGCUACCAUCCUCUCCGGUCCCCUCCCCUCCACCCUCUCCAUCCUCCUCUCCUGGCUUUACGUCAUCUCCUCCAUCAUCCUCGUCUCCGAGCUCUCCUUCGCCGCCAUGCGCCAUCAAAAUCUCCCCGAAGUCAGCUUCACUUCCCUCGCCACCGCCUCUCUCGGCCCUGACUUUGGCGCUUUCGUUGCCGUUGUCUACUCCUGCCUCAGCUUCUCUCUCCUGCUCGCCUGCGUCUCUGGUAUCUCUUCUCUCGUUUUUCAGCUUUUCCCUUGGUUCAAUGCUGCAUUGGCUUGUGCUUUAGCGCCUUCUCUUGUUGGUGUUGCAAUUGCCUUCUUCCCUUUCAAUGUGAUUGAUUUCGCGAACAGAUUAUUGUGUUGUUUGAUGCUUGUGUCUAUCACUGCUCUUGUGGUUUUUGGAUUGUCUGCUGGGAGGAGCAGCUUGUUGAGCUCUAUUGGUUAUGCUUCUUGGUCUCCGAAUGCUAUAUUGCCCGCGAUUCCAGUUACUGUGCUUACUCUGGGGUUUCAUGUUAUAACUCCCUUUGUGUGUAUGCUGCUCAGAGACUCAAUGGAGGAUGCUCGAAAGGCGAUUUUGUUUGGAGGCUUUGUUCCCUUGGCCAUGGUUGUUUCAUGGAAUUUGGUUGUUUUGGGGCUUGCAGGGAAUGGUGUCGGUGCUGUUUGUGUUGGUAGUGAUCCUAUUAAGCUUUUGCUUUCUGUGAAUUCUUCGGCUUUGCCAGCUGUUCAAGGUUUCGCCUUUGCUGCUCUGGCUACCAGUUUGAUUGGUUAUGCUGUUUCCUUUCCCAAACAAUUGGCAGAUACUUUGAAGUUGAUUUCUGAAAGGGUUGUGUAUAGGAAGGAGGUGAUGAGUCCUAGUAGAUUGAGAUUAUGUGAGGGUGGCCGUGUUGGAGCUGUUGUUUAUUCUAAAGGGAAGAUGGGGACCUCUGGGCAGGCUUGUUUUGGUGUUUCAAGGUCUCAAAUGUUGUCAAACAGAGUGAAUGAGGGAGUAGGAGAUGGUAGUCCAAGUACUAUCCUUGUGAUGUGGAUCGUGCUUAUAUUUUCAGUCUUGAUUGCAUCUUCCUACAAUGCUGCUUUCUCUAGAGCUCUAGAGUUUGCCGGGGUGUAUGCAAAUUGUUUUCUCUUCGGUGUGUUGCCGCCUGCUAUGGCUUGGAUCCAUAGAUCUAGGAAAAAAGACAGUUUUUCUUCCAGCAAGGAAGAGCUAUUGCCAGGUGGGAAUGGAGUACUCUUUGUGCUCUUUGUCAUUGCUAUCAUACUGGGAAUUUGGCAUUAGAUUAUGCAGGUGAUAAUCUAUAUGUUACUUCUCAUGUUUGGCUUACAUCAGAAAUUCUCUUACUAUUUCAUGGAAGAAAUCUAUGUUUUCCAGAUUUAUGAUCAGCAGAAGCCUUUCUUGCUUCUUGGAAAUAGCCGGGAAGUUUCUUCUGUACAAACUUGAUUAUUAGAUGCAGAAACGGUUGACAUUGCCGAAAAUUUUGUUGAAUUAAAUUCUUGUUUGGUUGAUCUUAAGAUCCCCGUUCAUUGAUAUUUUCUGUACACUGUUGAUUAAUAUUCUAUUCGUUGCCAUUUGGUUUCCAAUGUUCAAUGUAUAUGAAGGAUCAUGUGGUUUAUUGUAAUGAACCCUAACUGUAUUUAGCCAUGUGAACUUUCAAUGAA